AUGUUAAAUCCCAUGAGUCUAUAUGGUGCAGUGGAAAACAAAGAGGCCUAUUAUUAUAAUCUUAAGGCUGCCAUAGAGAAGAUAAACUGGAAGCUUCAGAAGUCUGAUAAAGCAGUGUCUGCAGCAGCUAAGACUCUCCAGUAUCGAAAAGCUUCUGCAGAUGCUGGUACUAAACAGCUCAGUAUGAAUCACUUAGAAAAGGCUAUUUUUAAGGAAGAAGGUGAUAUACUGACUGAUUCAGAGGAUUCAGCAGGAAUCUCUCUAAAGAGAGAUGACUCACUUAGUCAACUCUGCCAGCAGAGUGCAGAUGACAUUGAGGUUGUGGCAUAUUUUACAAAUGUAAUCAAAUCUGCUACACAGAAGAGGAUUGUUCAAGAUCUUCAUGAUUUUGCAGCUACUGUUCUCUUAUCUGUGCACAAAACCAAAAUAUCCAAAAACAAACCUGACAGUAUCUACAAGAAGAUUCCUGUUGACUUUUGGGGCAUUAAUAAGUUUGGUUCUGGUGUAGACACAGUCAAAAACUUCAAUGUAGUGAUGAAACUGAAGCUCAAACUGAAGCUUCUCAUUCAUCGGGUUAAUGUUCUGAUGAAAACCUUAGACCCUACUCAUUAUCAAGAUGCUCAGAACCUCAAGAAACAUUACAUAGACAUGCAUCCUAGCUAUGCUUCUCUUGAGGAUCCAAUAUUCUUCUGGGCUGCAUUGUGUAUCUUUAGUGGCACCUUCACUAGGGGAAAGCUAUCCAUGCUUAAUUUAGAGCUGCAGUAUGGUAUACUACAUCGUAGCGGUGUCAUGCACCAAGUCCCCGACUCUACUGUUGCUUAG